AUGGCCAGCAAUCGCUUCCAGUCGCUGAGCGCAGCCUCCAACUUGAGAUCCGAAAUUGCUUCGCAGGGCUCACCGUCACUAUCCACAGGGCAAGCCACCCCAGACAGCCAGAAGCACCCGCGCAAGAGAAAGGGACACCGAGGUGGCAAAAAGAAGCGAUCGCGACGAAAGAGUUUCGCUGCUCUUACCGAGGACAGCCAUGAUGAAGCUGGUCCCUCACGCUCCGGAUUGCUGUAUCAGGUGCCCGAAGCCAAUCUAAGCGGUACCAGCAUCGACAGCGAGGUGUUGCUCGACCAUCGAGAGCAGAGACCUAUGCGAACUCGCCGCUCAAGCACCAUAGCCGCGCAGAGUUCCUUCCAUAACCCCUUUGCCUCGACUCCGGGUGGCAGCCGACUGCGAUCUAUGCACACACCCAAUAGCCCCGAUGCGAAUGGCGAGCGUGACCCGUGGGACGAGACGGCUCCUCUGUUGUCAGCAUCCGCAAAGAGAGGGACCCCAACGGGCCCCUCGAGCUAUGGAGCGAGUGAAUCCAGGACCGCCAGGAACAGAAGUCCGAGAUCCAGCAGGUCGUCCAAAACCAAGCUGGCCCCUUCGCAGAAGGAUGGCUACGAUGUGAACCAUCCGCCAUCCGUCCCGGGCUCUCCGGCCUUCCGUGCUGCGACCGGCCCAGAGAUGGUGUUCGGAGACGUCAUGAUUCGGGAUGAUUUGUCCCUUCCGAGUGGUAUGAGCGGCCGAUGCUCAGACAAUGAGGAGGCCGUGUCGGACACAGAAGGUUCCAUUCGUGACCACAAGCCCGAGAUAAACCGCCGAACGACGGUAGACGCCCCUGUGGACGUAUGCUUCCCCGCCCCCGGCAUGUCAGAGCUUGGCGAAGAGGAAGAUGAUGCUCAGUCACGAGAUCCUCAAAUCCACCGGCGGCGUGCUCGUCGACGACAUGGCCAAUGGCCGGACCUGUCGGUGCUGGAAGAAUGGAGACACUAUGAAAAGGAGGAUCGAAGCGAAGAACGACGGGUAAAACGAAUAACGGAGCCGCAGUUGAUCAACGGCCGGCUACGUCCCGUGCGAAAGGGCUGGUUUCAGACUGACGAAGAGAUACCAUAUCGAUUCACGUAUUUUAACGAAGAAUUCCAAAGCACCAUCCAUAGUCAGACAAUAUCCGAGCUCGUUCAGCCAGGAAGCGACUUUCGAGAGCUUUUUAUCCCAGAUCCUCGCAUUCUGUCAGAUGACGAGAGCAGCGACAGCGAUAAUGAGAACAUCUCACUGGCAACGAGGCGUCAGCGGUCCUUCGUCGGCCCCGAUGUCGACUCCAAGCUUUCUACACGCCAGCCAUCCAUUGCCGACUCGCGAAAAGGAGGAGCAGGCACCAUGUCACCCAGCUUGGAUCCCCUGAACCAUUCCAGGCGCGUAAGCCCAAGCGGCGUCAAAUCGCCCGCAGGCAGCGCUUAUCCCGCCGCCGCAGACACAACUGAGAGGCCCAUUAGAUAUGGGGACAGACCCGUUUGGUGGCUCGAUGUUCUGUCGCCCACAGAAGCGGAAAUGAAAGUCAUUGCCACGGCAUUCGGAAUCCAUCCCCUCACCGCCGAGGAUAUAAUGCUUCAAGAAGCCCGGGAGAAAGUAGAACUAUUCCGCCACUACUAUUUCGUCAACUACCGCACAUUUGACCAGGACAUCAACAGCGCCAACUACCUCGAACCGGUCAACAUGUACGUCGUCGUUUUCCGCGAGGGAGUGCUCAGCUUUCACUUUUCCAUGACGCCGCACCCUGCAAACGUACGCAGACGUAUCCGCCAGCUGAGAGACUAUCUCAUUCUGUCAUCCGACUGGAUAUCAUACGCCAUCAUCGACGACAUCACCGAUGUCUUCCAACCUCUUAUCCAGAAUAUCGAAGACGAGGUUGACGAGAUUGACGAGAACAUCUUGCGCAUGCAUACCCCCGAGAAGGACGAGAAAACAGCCCACCUUCGCGACGACAGCUCCUCCUUCUUCGACUCGGGAGACAUGCUCCGAAGAGUAGGUGACUGUCGCAAGCGAGUCAUGAGUCUCUAUCGCCUCCUGGGCAACAAGGCAGAUGUCAUCAAGGGCUUCGCCAAGCGGUGCAAUGAAAGCUGGGAGGUUGCGCCUAGGAUACUGGCCCGCUCCCACGGCAACUACCUCGCCCAGAUCAACAUCCGCAUGAACGAGCGGCAAGAGCAAACCGCCGAUGUCCUCGGAAGGCUCACCGUCCUGGGUACCAUUGUGCUCCCCAUGAACAUCAUCACCGGCUUGUGGGGCAUGAACGUCUGGGUUCCCGGGCAGCAGUACGAGGGUGACUUGUCGUGGUUUGCUUGGAUAACGGCCGGCUUGCUGCUCUUUGGCCUGGCCUGUUAUAUGAUUGCAAAGAGGGUAUAUAAGAUCGUUUAA